UAGGGCCAGUUCACACCACAUGCAGUCCAGUGCGUUUUUUUCUGAAUCAAAAACACAUUGAUGGUAGGUUACAUGGUUUCCAAUGUCAUAGUUCACACCAGUGGGGUCAGUUUCAGUGCAUUCCAGUUCCAGAAAAAAAAGCAGAACAUGCUGCAUUUUUCUGCACUAAACUGUACUGGAACGCAGUAAAACGCAGUGGAACGGAAAAAAGUUUUUUUAAGUUGCAGAAAAAAGGGGAAAAAAACGGAACGCAUCAAAAACGCACUGGAACAUGUAAAAAAAUGCAUCAAAAACAC